CAAAGCGCGUAGGCUGUCCCCACCGUGACAGUCCAAAGUCAUCAGGAGGAAGAGGAAAACCAGAGCUGGCCAGGAGCCGCCACAGACCCAUGCAGAUGAGGCCCGCCCGCCAGGGUCUGGACACCAGGCGGGGAGAAGUUAGAGCCCAGCGCACACGCUGCGGGGCGGCUGGGGACGGAGGAGGAGACUCUGAGGAAGGAGGACAUUCCUACUAGGUGUCGCGGUGUCGAGCUGAGGAUGGCCGAGCAGCAGGGCCGGGAGCCUGAGUGCCCUGUCUGCUGGAACCCAUUCAACAACACGUUCCACACCCCCAAAAUGCUGGACUGCUGUCAUUCCUUCUGCGUGGAAUGCCUGGCCCACCUCAGCCUGGUGACUCCAGCCCGGCGCCGGCUGCUCUGCCCCCUCUGUCGCCAGCCCACUGUGCUGGCCUCUGGGCAGCCUGUCACCGACUUGCCCACAGAUACUGCCCUGCUCACCCUGCUUCGCCUGGAGCCCCACCAUGUCAUCCUGGAAGGCCACCAACUCUGCCUCAAGGACCAGCCCAAGAGCCGCUACUUCCUGCGCCAGCCCCGGGUUUACACGCUGGACCUAGGCCCUGAGCCUGGGGGCCAAACCGGGUCCCCGCAGGACGUAGGGCCUGCCCCCAGGUCUCUGCCCAUUCCCGUCCCCAGCCACUACUCUCUGAGGGAGUGUUUCCGCAACCCUCAGUUCCGGAUCUUUGCUUACCUGAUGGCUGUCAUCCUCAGCGUCACGCUGCUGCUCAUCUUCUCCAUCUUUUGGACUAAGCAGUUCCUUUGGGGGGUGGGGUGAGCGUUGCUUCUGGACGAGGAGCCAAGUCUUUCCUGACUGCUGCUGGCCACGGGGACCGCAGAGCCUCAUUUGGGGUUGUCUUCCUUUUUACAAUCUGGGGAUCAGUAAGGCCAGGUGUUUGCUUCUCGGAACACUGGGUCCUACUGUAAUGGGAAGCUUUGAAACCCAAAAGGCUGGGAAAAGGUGUGGAGAGAGACCUCUGGGUGUAAGCCACGGGGCCACGGGAGGGCAGAAAAGCAGAUCCGGGACUGCGGAACUAUGUGGCAAGUUGUGCUCAAGGGCUGGACGAUGGUACCCGGGGGCCCGGCUAGCCCAGAAAGGGGCACCUCUCACUGGAGUCGCUCCCAACUCCGUUCACAUUUGUUUGAGUUGCUCUUUUCAUGAUGUCUUGCUACAGUUUUGGAAAGUGAGCCUCAAUUCUGUGAGCAAAGGCGUGUGCCUUCCUUCGGUUUUCUCUUUGAAAAUCUGGCCACCCGUCCCAGGAAAAGUGGUCUGCGGUCAUGAACUCCUGCACUUACUCAUCUGACAACCACUUGGUUGUCAGAACUAGGGGAAGGGGAGGGUAGGAUUAUCCGUGGGUGACAGAGAGCCUUCCCCAGCAAGGAGAGCAUGUUCACUUGGCUGCUUCUUGCACAAGACAACCUCUUGUCAGUGUGCGGCCUAUGGAGUGUUAAGAGUAUAAAAGUUUAAAGGUGAUCAAAAGAAAUCUGGAGUUUGGGGAAAAGGUUUAUUAAAUCUGGUAGGUGCGAGGCCCUGAUUAAGCCUGGAUGCUGGACGGAGCUGACUCCCCUCCUCUAGGUACGGAGUUAGGGCGGAAGCCCUGGGAGGAGGAAAAGCCUUAGCCUCGAACCCAGGCCAUGCAGAUAGGGGGCCCGGGUUUUCAUUUCAUGUGACAUUAUCUCAGAACCCAGGCAAACUAGAUGCGCAGGACUCUAAUUUGCCACCUAGGCAGUAUCUAAAACCCUUUCUUCUUCCCCAGUUUUAAUAUUGUCCAGUGGCCCACAGUUCUGGAACAAUCUCAAAGUCGUUAAAACACCACUACAGUUAUGAAAGGAUAACGUGAGGGGGUUUUUUUUGAUCUGUGGACUAAACUUUCAGAGUCAGAAAUGGAGUUGGUUUUAUUUGCUCUAAAUAAAAUUUUGUGCUAAUUCUUCAGGGAUUUUUAUGUGCAAGGUGUUCCAAAAUAGCCAAGACCUGUAUUUCAUGUUCAGUAGAACUGAAUGGUGAUGAGGGCCAAGGUGAAAUUUCUCCAUUACAGAAUGGGAAGGCCACCACGUGUCCCGCCAGGGGACUCGCACCUACCUCUCCAUUUACGCCAUCAAAGCUAAUUACACUGAAGCUGGGACUCUACCUCUCCCCGCUGACUUCAUUUCUUUACACGUCCUUGCUCCGUAACCUUGCGGCAGGUGAAUGAGACAGUGAUCUCCCUGUGUUCCCCAAGCCGGGGGAAGCCCAGCGGCACCCGCCUCUGCGCUAGAGCUUCCUGCUCCGAGUGAAGGAAGCUUCAUCCCUUUUACAGAUGAAACAGGCUCUGCCAGGUUAGCUGCCUUGUUCAGGGUCACCCAGGUAGUAAGUGGUGGAGGCACUUCUGGUCAAAGCAGAAUUGGAGCGGCUCUUGGAGGGGCCGAUACACCAUCCAUAUAAGGAAAAAUACAGGUGCGAGCUUUUUGGGGUAGGGAAGGGUAUACUUAACGUUACGGCGUCUUCUAUUUUCACAUUCAAUAGUUCUAACUUUGGGGGAAGCGGAAAUGUUUGGACGCACCUUUGCUAGUCCCAUGAAGAAGGUGGGUUGCGCUUCUGGCUUUUAGCACUCCACAGGUCAGGGAUGCUAAGAUUAGCUGCAAUGCUUAAGAAAGUUCUACACCACAAGGCAUCUAUCCCAAGACGUGAAGCUUCCUGUUGAGUAACACUUUUGGUGCUUCAUUAGUUCAUGAGGUAGAAGUGGUGAAAUUACUGUAAUUCCCCUUGGCAUGGAGUCAGACUAAGAGAUGCAGUGACUCAUCAAAAGGGAGGUAUAAACAGUAGAGUGGCUAAAAAGCUCAGGCUUUGUCCUGGAAACAGGCCAUGCUGGCCGGACUGGGCAUGUGGUCAGGCCGGUGCUGCCAACAUACUCAGUGAAGCCCUAUGAAUCCUCCUCAUAAGGUCACAGGAGACAGACCAGGCUCCACCACUCACCGACUGGCUGACCUUGAGCAAGUUACUUAACUUCUCUGAGCUUCAAUUCUGUCCAAAGAGAGUAAUUCAAGAAGACUGGGGAGAUUAAAUGAGAUGUCAGAACAUGCCCGGCACAGUCUAUAGGCAAGAAGUGUCCUGGAAGUGGUGGCUCUGAUGUUGAUCUCACCCUUACUAAUAAAUGCUACAUUUGGCUGAUGCUCCUCA